AUGUUGGAGGAGUUUGUGGUGGCGACUCUCGAUGCUGUUCUUCCUUUCCUCUUUCUCUCUCUCUCCCUUCUUUUUCUUCUCCUUCUUCGUCUCCUUUCUCUUCGUUUCAAAGUGUGGUGGCGUUGGAUGGCUGUUGUUUGUCGUGGUUGCAUGUUGUCCAAGUGCCUUCACUGCAAUGGUGGUUGUGAGGGUGAUCAGUUUGUUUGCAAGGAGAGUGGAGUGAUGGCUGCAAGUCGCUUCACUGGCGUUUGUAGUGUUGGUUGGUGGAGAGUGCAGUCGUCGUUGUCGGUGUUGGCGACGUCUCAUGACUUGCCAGCAGGCAUUGUUGAAGUUGGGCAUCAACUGUCACUUGUUGUGCUGUCACGAGGUGUGUAUGGUGAGAAGGCAAUGGUAGUGGGGACAUUUGACAGGUUUCGCCUCGACGAAGGAGGUGGGAGUCACCACACCUCCUCUAGUUGUCUUGUCGACAGGAUUUGGCGUGGGUUGACGAUUGGCGCUGGCAGUGCAGUGUUGAAGGAAGGCGAGGUGGCAGUGAUGUCGGUAUCUGCCAGUUGA